AUGUAACUUCCGCGGAUUUUCGCAGGUAGAGAAACAAGUUUGGCUACAACUACGAAAUCUGUGAAUGUGAACCAUUUCUGUUAACUGCAUAAGGCCAAGAAGAUAGACUGUGAUCUAGAGAGGAGUCAUAUCUGUGGAUCAGGUCUAAAUCUGGAUGUAGAUUCGUGAUCUUCUUGCAAAGAGUUACAUUACCAUUCUUGUGUGUAUGGGAUUAAUGCAUUGAGCUACAAUCACAUGCAAAACGUUAACUUUGGUGUCCUCACCGACCAUAGUGAAACUGUUAGAAGCUUGCAUCAAGAGUAGCCUAUAUCACAAGGAUUAGCAAAGUACGGUUGAACAGAUCGGCUCCAUGGAUUAAGCAUGCCUGGUCGGAAUUAUUCCGGCGGUGGCAGUUUUUACCGAAAUAAAAUGACCCGCAACAUAGGUCCGUCCAAUGAGAAUGUCGCCGACGGCUCCCCGCAGAGGAGGGACGAGAAGUACGUACGGGAGGCACACAAGAAGGAGCGACACCUGGAGUCGUACCUGGCAGACGAUGAGAAUUUUCCAUCUUUCAAAAACAAGUUGAGGAAGAUGGGUCUUCAGCUCAGGGAUAUUCCCGCAGACGGAAACUGUCUGUUUCGAGCUUUGGGUGACCAGUUGGAGGGUCAUUGUCGCAACCACUUUCGCCAUCGGACAGAUGUGGUGAACUUCAUGAAGUCACAUCGGUUAGACUUUGAACCCUUUGUGGAGGAUGACCUUCCUUUUGAUGAGCAUGUGAGAAAUCUACAGAAGUUAGGCACUCAUGCUGGCAAUGAUGCCAUUGUUGCCUUUGCCAAGGUCCAUAAUGUCAAUGUCAUCAUUCACCAGCUCAAUGGAAAACCUCUAAUGAUUCAAGGUCCAGCCAACAGUACAGAGCUGACACCACAGCUUCACAUAGCCUACCACAAUGGUGACCACUAUAGUAGUGUCCGUAAACUGGAUGACAACACAGAAUCACCUGCACAUAUACGGUUACAAGAACAUUUAAAUAAUGCUGAUUGUAAACAAAGGUUUCAAAUAAAUGGUCAGGAGUCCACUGGAGGUAUGGUGAGUGCCAAGAGGGAAAUUGACGACAUUGUUAGUGAGGUCAAGAAUGCUACGAAAUGCGAGGAUAGUGAUCGGGUUCAUCAGUGUAUUCUGGAAUGUGACUAUGAUGUGGAUGCCUCUAUAGCAUACUUAUUACAGCAGUUGGAGAUGAGCAACGAAUGCAGUCCAGAUGACACAGCAUCUCUGGUCUCACAGCAGACAUGUACCACCAUUGACAGCGGCAUUUACAAUGGGUUCUCAUCACACAGCGGCAGCUUUAGCGGAGGGCACAUCACAGUGUUGGGUGGUAGUUCUAUCAGAAAUGGAGCAUCCACUCCACAGUCCAAUGUUUCCUCCAAUGGUAAAGGUCACAAGGUUCACUUCAGAGAAGACAGCAUCAGCAACAGCUCUGGCUAUGGGUCAAUAAGCAGUAACAAAGGAAGUGGGGCCAGACCUAAAGUCUUAAGUUUCCCAUCCCAGUCUGCACGUAAAGUAAAGGAAUCUAAAAAAAUGGAGAAGAAGAGGAGAGCAGAGGAGAGACAUAGGGAGAAGUUUCUCAACGGUGGAGGCCAGUACCCAGCCAACCAUCACAUUCCACAUGCUACGGAUGUCCGUGAUGUUACUGUUGUGGCCAUGCAUGAGGGCAGGCUGACCAGAAUAUGAAUUGAGAGGAGGGUGUAAACAGCUGCAUCAAUGAGACUAGGUUGAGAAAAAAACGUGAAAGAAGUUGCUGACACAACAUGCUGCUGUUUCUAUCUGUGAUUGAACUCUAUGAAUAAAUUUGUUGUCUAAUUUAAUACUUACAACUCCUGACUUGUAUAUGGCACUAUUUAUUAUCAGACACUAAGACGUGUGUAUCAUGUUUGAGAGGAAGGAUGAGGUGGUAGUCUGGUCUGCUUCUUGCUCUUACAUGUACAGACACAGAGGAGAAGCUGUUUGUUUAAAGACCAUUGAGCUUGCUACUUCACUGAAUGGCUGUGUGUGUGCUGCACUUCCUAACCCUCCCCUACUCAUGCCUUGCUUUGUCUAGGCAGUACACAAUCUGUGGGUGUAAUCAUGCAUAUAUGCAAGUAACCUGGUAGGUAAGACUUGUUGGCAUUUUGUCUCAUUAUUCAAAAACAACCAAAAAUAAUGUUAAAGUCUAUAAACGAGAUACACAUUAAUUGAUUGAUUUAUUUAAAAAAAAAAAAAAGCACUUUACAAAAAGCAACAAAAAUUGUGUUCUUUUACUGAAGAAUAAAUAAAAGGAUGAAUUCUAUGGGUUAAACACUUACUUCUGAGGCAAUUUGUAUUUCAGUUUGAAAUAAAGUCUAAUUUGAACUGAAAUUAAAGUCAUAUUUAAACUGAACUUAAAGUCAUAUUUGAACUGAAGGGUAAGGUAAAAUAGACAAAUGUUUAUGAAGGUAUUGUAUGGCAUUGCAACCCUAACCAGCCAUUUAGAAUUACUAAAGUUAAUGUCUGAUACACAGUUAGGUGUGGACACAACAUUUCCAAAUAUCAAAAACUGGAUCAUCCGCAAGAUUCUAUCCAGAACUUUUUCUUGAUUGGUCGAGUGCUCUAAUUUCAAACAAAAGGUUAAAUAAAAAUAAAACAAGUACAGUUUCACUCAGGGAGAAUGUCUGUAUGCUUUCUCUCUGUUGCACUAUUUAUUUGUAUGACUUCUACCUCUUGUUUGGUCUCAACCUUCAAUAUUUUAGUUUUGUUUUUACUUUUUCCACAUAAUGUCUCAACUAGGGCAACAAAUGUUAUUUUAUAAACUUUUGAUCUGUUGCUCUAGGAUAUAUUGUCAUUGUUUCUUCUGUAUGACACCAACUGAACAGUCUGUCACUGAAUGCUAGGUCACAAUGUGAAUGCUACUUAAAGCUUAUAGCAUUAUGACAUCAUUCACAAGUCUUUAAUGAAAUCAAAAUUUCAUGAGAAGCCCUGAAUGAACUGACUACAUCUGAUGUCUCACACAACAUGUGGAUCAAAUUGUACAGAGCUCAAGAAUCAUUCUUAAGAUUUUUCUUUCAUCACUAAUAUUUAGACACGGCUGGGUUUAUUUACCCUAGCUUGUAAAACAUCAAAAGAAAUUAACGGCUCUUUUAAAAAAAUUUUUUUACAUGAGCUAUGCACCUAAGGGGAGAGAAUUCAGAUGACGUUUUAUUCCUUCAGGAAGCAAAUGGUUGUAGAGUUAAUUUCAUCAUAGAUUCACAAAUGUACAUUAAAUCAUUAUUCAACCUUCAAUUUGUUUGUUCAUAUUUAGAUGACUAACAAAUUAAAUUUUGUUCUUGUUGAUGUAAAUUUUUAUGUUGGUUUCAUUUCCUAUUCUUAGUUAAUUAUGUGUCCAUGUUUAUAAGUGUUUAAAAUAAGGUAAAGAAAUUAUAGAUAACUUCUCAUCUACAGUUAAAUAAAGAUGUGUAAAUAGGCUUUUUACUUUUUAUCUGCUAAAUGUGUGUCUUGAAGAUAUAAGAAGUCUCUGUAUCUUGUUUUAAUUAUAAAUAUUACACAUUUCUUGAACCUGUAAUACAGUUUCUGGCAUUUUUACAUAUCAGAGUAGUUUGUAAGUUACGAUUAUGAUGAUAUCCACACAAUCAUUAUGUUUCUGCUGCUUCCUUGUUUAUGUACUCUUGAAUGUACAUAGAAGAGCACAUACUACAAAACUAAUGUGUAAAUAGACAGGCUUUAACUAUCUUCCAUUCACAAGCAGCAAAUACCAUAGUACAUGUUGUAAUCCUCCAAGGGAAAUAACUCAUUUCCAAUAGUAUCGCUAAUAUCAACAAGGUUUAGUUGACGUAUUUGAUAAUUCUCACUAUUUAUAAAAUAUCUUCCUGUAAUGUUUUAGAUGUUGUUAAAUGCCUUGACCAGUAAUUAUAAAAUAAAACAAUUUGUAAGAAAAAAAAUGAUAAAUACUUUUUACAAGAAUGACAAAUUACAAUAAUGAACCAAAUGACACUUUUCAUAAAUGAAAUAUUGGAGGAGUAUUUCAAUCUUAACAUUACAGCCAGAAUUUAAUCAUUAGCUUUAGCAAUUUUUGCAGGAAAAGGUAUAGUGGUAAGAACAUUUACUGAUUUAAAUGUAGUUGUGAAAUUUUUUUUUUUUUUUCCACUAACUAAGGAAGCAGACAGCUAGUGACUUAUUGUGACAAACUUACCUUGUUGAUCUAGUUUAAAAUGUAAUGGCACUAAUGGCCAUAAAGAGUAUUCUAACCUAUGUAAAUUAAGAUGUUAGCAAUUUUUUUGAAAUUUAAUUUCAGUUUUAAGGACAUAAAAUAUAUAAAGCUAAAUCUAAUAUUAAUGUCUAUUAUUUUUUUAAUAUUAAUAAUAAUAAUAAGGCUUGUCUUCAAGUCUGAAGAUUAGUGAGGAAUGUAGUAUUUUCCGUGGCUGCGCAGCCCCAGCUGUGAUCUACAUAUUUUGCCACAUCCAGGGCAAGCAUUAUUUGUUUAACUAAGCAAAUAAAUAACAAAACUUAUCACAUAACAUUGUUAAUUUAUUUUACAAUGUUAUUCUAAUGAAGAUGGGCCUAUCCUAUGUAACAUAAGAUUUGUCUAUAUGUGCAUGGUCAAAAUAAGACCUGACACAAGCUGUUCUGUAUGUAUAUAUUUGAUUCAUGGAUCCCAAUGAUAUAUAAGCUUCCCUGAUUGCUUAUAUUAAAUUAUGUGCAAUUGUGACGUUUGUUCUUCAGAGUCUUAACAUAGCUUCCUCUAAAAGGUUUACAAGUACAUAUAUGAUGUAUUCUAAAACCACUGUCAGUUCAUGGAACACAUUUUUACAACUAGCAAAUGUAGAACUAAAUAAAAUGUGUUUAUAUACAUAAUAUUUUUUUUACUGUAGAUUUCUUUAUACCCUCUGCUGACUGAUUCUGAGAUGGUAAUAUUUAUUAUAGAUUGGAAGGGAAAAACAAGCCACAUCUGUCAGAAUCAGUUUAGUAUGUGUUUGCAACUAUUGUAGAUCCAAAGCUAAAACUUGCAUGAUUCUAGAUUUCAUCAGAAGUGUUACUUAACUAGUACCUGGUAUUUAUUUAUAACCCAAGUGUUUCAGUGAUACUUCCAUUAGCUUUAACUUGUAAAAGUAGUACAAGGUCAAAUCUGCUUUAGGUCAAUAUUAGAGAUAGUUUGAACUAAUAAAGUGUACUUUUUUUUAGGCCUGUGUUAUUAUUAACACUGACAAGAGUUACUGCAUUGCUUUUGUUUGAUUUGGGAUGCAAUUUUAUUUUUAAAACAUUUUUAUUGUGGAUAUUUUUAUUUUAAAAAAUAUUGAAAGACAAUAUUAUACAUACACAUUUUAUUAAUACAAAUUGAUUUUUCUAUAUAUUUCAUUGUGCUGCAUUCCAGAUCCUCACUCAAUUCAGAAUUAUGAUGCAGUCUAUAAUAAAAUUUACUUGAGUUUCUGAUCUACUUGAUAGCCUGAAAAAAAAUGUUAUGAACCAUUCUAGUUUUUUUUUUCUUUAUUUUAGUUCUAGUAUCUUGUGCAUUUUUUGUUUAUGUCAGUUUAAUGAAUAUUUCAAUGAGUACGCAAACAUAAGAAUUUCUUUGGAUGUUCAUUACACCAAAGGGUAAAUUUUAAAAAAUUCUACAAUGAAUUAUAUUAAGCCCACCUUAGGCAGUUUUGAUAAGAAAGUUUUGUUUCAUUUCCCCUUCCAGACCUUUUGGUGUAUAGGGCAGAUGAUGUAAAGGUCAUUUGUUUCUGUGGCCCACGGUUAAUGAGGGUGUCAUGUGGCCAGCACAACGACCAAUCACCUUUACUUUUCCCAACUUAUGUCAGGCACCCAUCAGAGCUGGGUGGACUCAAAAGCAACAGAAGAUCCUUAAAUUAAAAAUCCCAGUCUUCACUAGGAUUCGAACCCUGAGCUUUACUGCUCAGCCACCGCACCUCCUUUACCUUACUUACACAAACAUACGAAUUUCUUUGAAUAUUCAUUAUACCACAGGGUAAAUUUAAAAAAGAUGAUCUGUCAUAAUUAUAAGGCAUUUUGUCUUCGAUUGUCAAAAUCAAGGAUGAGUUCAGUAUUUCACAUGACCAUGCAGACCCAGUUGCGAUGUGAUGCAGACAAAGCCGUUGUCCACCAGGGGUCUGUUUUAGUUUUGUUUGCGCCAUAACAAGCAAGUAAUAACCACUUGUUUUUUUCUUAAUGACUGACUGAUUUGAUUUAAAUAUAACUGCUUUUAAUUUUCUUUACUGUCCAGUGCUCAUGUGGUAUCCUUCAUUAAUGUUUCCUUUUAGAGAGCUAAAAAGAGUUUAGAAAUAAAAAAACAACUGCUGAGUCAGGAUUUUGUGUUUUUACCAUCACAAAGGAGAAACAAGACUCACUUUACAAAGACAGACACAAAAACUCUUUGUUCAUCUGGCAAUCAAAUCAUUAAAUACAAUUCAACUAGCUGAUAUAAACAUUUCACAUGUAACUUUGGAGUGAAUCUGGUGUGAAUGUAUAUUUUUGUUUUUUUAUAAUUAUAAUGCUUUUUUUUUUUUUUGUGUGCACAAAUGGUUAGACAAAUUUACUCAUGGGUAAUAGAGAUUAUUUUUAUUGUUGAAAGUUCAUCUUCAGAGCUAGUUUCUAGUUUAUGACUAAAUGAGUGAAAUAUUUUAACAAGUUUAGGGUUAGCAUAAUAAUUUUAAUUUUUUUUAUUUACUGAAAAAUAUAUUUAGUUGAUUCUGUUGUUUUAUUAGUGUGUGUGUGUUUGUGCUCCAACAGUCUUUAAGAGUGACAGUGUUUUCUGUUAUUGAUUUGGUCUGGGUACAAUGCUGUUGAUUUCAAUGUGUUAUUUCUGUUGUAUUUGGUCUGGGUACAAUGCUGUUGAUUUUAAUGUGUUAUUAGAAUGCACAUUAAACUGAAACAAAUGUUUUUCUCCUUGACAAUGCAAUAAAACAUUUAGCCUAAUCUACAA